CAACUCAACAAAUACAUUUUCAAUAAAAAAAUAUUUUCAAAAUCAACAAAAGUUCGAGAGGAACAUGCCAUAUCGUGAGGCGCAUGCGCGCAAUUGACGCUUCCGCUCACGUUCCUUCCUUCCAGAAAAGAGCGUGGUGAAGAUGGCGGAGCAAAAGUCGAAGCCGAGCGAUCUUUACAAAUGCGUAUAUUCCUUUCUAGCGGAGAACAAGUUCACCAAGGCGGCUCAGCAGUUUAUGAAACAGACUAACGUGACUCCACAAGAUGAAAAUGAUGAGAGCCUCGUCGGCAUCUACGACUUCUGGGUGAAGUCUCCUGAAGCCAAGAAACGAAAGGCGCCCUCCAGCACAGCUGAAUCUAAAACAAGUCCAUCAGCCAAGAAGGCAAAAACCAGUGCAGCGAGCUCCAGCAGCGAAGACUCAAGCAGCGAGGAUGAAGCAGCGGUUGCAAAACCAACCAAGGCAGCCCCUGCAGCAGCUAAGGUGGUGCCCGCUAAAGCACCUGCAGCAGUAGCAGCUACUAAAGCGGCAUCCAGCAGCAGUGAAGACUCCAGUGACUCUGAGGAGGAGAAGGCCCCUGCAAAGGCCCCAGCCAAGGCUCUUGCAAAGGCUCCUGUGAAGGCGCCCGCUGCCCCUGCUGCAGGAAGGAAGAAAGACAGCAGCUCCAGCAGUGAAGAAUCUGACUCUGAGGAUGAGCAGCCUGCUAAAGCCCCAGCCAAAGCCAAGGGUGUUACAGUCACAGCAGCCAAACCAGCUGCUCCUGCUAAAGCUGCAGCUCAGAAAAAAAAGGAUAGCAGCAGCGAAGACAGUUCAUCAGAUUCAGAAGAUGAAAAACCAACCAAGGCUCCAGCUAAACCGGCUCCAGCUAAACCGGCUCCAGCCAAAGCGGCCCCCGUGAAAGCAGCUGCUGCUGAAUCAAGCAGUGAAGACUCUUCAUCUGAAGAUGAGGCUCCACCCAGCAAAAAACCCAAAGCAGGAGCGUACAGUGCAGUCCCACCUCCAGCUUCAGUCCAGAAAGCUCCCGCUUCAGUGACCAAGGCUGCAGCUGCACCAGCAGCCAGCAAGGCCAAGGACAGCUCCUCAAGCAGCAGUGAUGAGGAAGAAGAGAAGAAAGUAGCUGCAAAGCCUGCACCGGUAAAGACCGCCGCUGCAAAACCAGCGGCGAAGGAGUCCAGCUCAGAUUCAAGCUCAGAUGAAGAGGAGGCAAAAAAGCCUGCCGUGAAAGUCACCCCAGCUAAAGCUGCCCCAGUCAAGGCUGCUCCUGCUAAAGACUCAGACUCAUCCAGUUCAGAGGAAGAAGAGGAAGAAGAAGAGGCAAAAAAAAAACCUGCAGCAAAGGUGACUCCUGCAAAGGCUGCUCCAGCUAAACCUGUUGCAGCUAAAGUCACGCCUGCUAAAAAAGACUCCAGUUCAGAGGACGAUUCCAGUUCAGAGGAGGAAGAGGAGGCCAAAAAACCUGCAGCAAAGGUGACUCCUGCAAAGAAGCCAGCAGCUAAACCUGCACCAGCCAAGACUCUCCCAGCUAAAAAAGAGGAGUCAAGUUCAGACAGCAGCUCUGAAGAUGAGGCUCCAGCCAAACCUGCUGCUAAAGUUGCAGCCAAACCAAAACCUGCUGCUGUAGCUUCCAAAGCCACCGCCAAGGCAGCUGAGAGCAGCUCUGAUUCAGAUGACUCCUCUGAGGAUGAAAAAACAGUGAAAGCUAAGCCUGCUACCCCGGCUGCAAAGCCAGCUGCAAAGCCUGCCACCCCGGCUGCAAAGCCUGCUGCUGCUGCAGAGAGCUGCUCAGACUCAGACUCCUCCUCUGAGGAUGAGGAAGAGCCAGCUAAAGCUAAGCCUGCUGCUAAGCCAGCUAAACCAGCUGCAAAGCCUGCUACCCCCGCAGCAAAGCCGGCUGCUGCUGCAGCAGAGAGCAGCUCUGACUCUUCUUCUGAAGAUGAAGAGCCCGCUAAGCCAGCUAAGCCAGCUACACCAGCUAAGGCUAAAUCAGCUACACCAGCUAAGGCUAAACCAGCCACGCCAGUAGCAAAGCCAGCUGCUGCAGCGGAAAGCAGCUCUGACUCUUCUUCUGAAGAUGAAGAGCCAGCUAAGGCUAAGCCAGCUACACCAGCUAAGGCUAAACCAGCUACGCCUGUAGCUAAGCCAGCUGCUGCAGCGGAAAGCAGCUCUGACUCUUCUUCUGAAGAUGAAGAGCCAGCUAAGGCUAAGCCAGCUACACCAGCUAAGGCUAAGCCAGCUACACCAGCUAAGGCUAAGCCAUCUACACCAGCUAAGGCUAAACCAGCUACGCCUGUAGCAAAACCAGCUGCUGCAGCGGAAAGCAGCUCUGACUCUUCUUCUGAAGAUGAAGAGCCAGCUACACCAGCUAAGGCUAAGCCAGCUACACCAGCUAAGGCUAAACCAGCCACGCCAGUAGCAAAGCCAGCUGCUGCAGCGGAAAGCAGCUCUGACUCUUCUUCUGAAGAUGAAGAGCCAGCUAAGGCUAAGCCAGCUACACCAGCUAAGGCUAAACCAGCUACGCCUGUAGCAAAGCCAGCUGCUGCAGCGGAAAGCAGCUCUGACUCUUCUUCUGAAGAUGAAGAGCCAGCUAAGGCUAAGCCAGCUACACCAGCUAAGGCUAAACCAGCUACGCCUGUAGCAAAGCCAGCUGCUGCAGCGGAAAGCAGCUCUGACUCUUCUUCUGAAGAUGAAGAGCCAGCUACACCAGCUAAGGCUAAGCCAGCUACACCAGCUAAGGCUAAGCCAGCUACACCAGCUAAGGCUAAGCCAACUACACCAGCUAAGGCUAAACCAGCAACGCCUGUAGCAAAGCCAGCUGCUGCAGCGGAAAGCAGCUCUGACUCUUCUUCUGAAGAUGAAGAGCCAGCUACACCAGCUAAGGCUAAGCCAGCUACACCAGCUAAGGCUAAGCCAGCUACACCAGCUAAGGCUAAACCAGCCACGCCUGUAGCAAAGCCAGCUGCUGCAGCGGAAAGCAGCUCUGACUCUUCUUCUGAAGAUGAAGAACCAGCUAAGGCUAAACCAGCUGCAAAGCCAGCUACCCCUGCUUCAAAGCCUGCUACCCCCACAGCAAAGGCAGCUGCAGCAGAGAGCAGCUCUGAGUCUUCUUCUGAAGAUGAAGAGCCCGCUAAGGCUAAGCCAGCUAUAUCAGCUAAGGCUAAACCAACUACCCCCGCUGCAAAGCCAGCGGCAGCAGCAGAGAGCAGCUCUGACUCCGACAGUGACUCUGAGGAUGAGGCAGCCAAACCUGCUGUCAAGAAACCAACUCCUGCAGCAGAAGCCCCUGCUAGCACGCCCAAAGCUUCAAAAAAGAAGGCUGAGAGCAGCUCCGACAGCUCCGAUUCAGAGACUGAGGCAAAGACCACACCUGCCAAGCCUCCAGUCACCAAUGGCAAGGCAGCUACACCCAAGGCGGCUACACCCAAGGCGGCUACACCCAAGACUCCAGCAAAGCCUGCAGAGUCAUCGUCCAGUGACAGCAGCUCCGAAGAGGAAGAAGAGGCCAGUAAAAGUGCUGUAAAACCUGCUACACCUGCAGCAACACCCAAGACGACCCCGGCUGCUAAAGCUAAAGAGAGCAGCUCCUCAGACAGUUCAUCAGAGGAGGAUGCACCACGCAGAGCAGCCACUGCACCCACCACCCCCACAACAAAUGGAAAAAGAAAAAAAGGUGAAGAGUCAUCGGAGAGCGACGAGGAAGAGACAGAAGUGACUACACCAAAAAACAAGAUGGCAACAACCACACCUCAGACGUUUCCUAAAGCCAAUAAGAAGUCGUCCAAUGUACCCUUCCGUAGAAUAAGAGAGGAAGAAGUAGCGGUGGAUCCCCGUCUCCAAGACAAUUCUUUUGAUGCAAAGUUCGGAUCAAACGGGGACUGGGGCCAGAAAGCCAACGACACGCUCAGGUUCACAAAGGGCAAGUCAUUCCGCCAUGAAAAGACAAAGAAGAAGAGGGGGAGCUACCGCGGCGGAGCCAUCAACUCCACCUCCGUCAACUCUAUUAAGUUUGACAGUGAAUAAGGACGGCUCUUUGAACUUGACUGUACCUGUGUGAUCAGGACUGUCUGAUCGCUUCCCCCCCCCUGUUACCAGUCCCUCCGUCAUCACUACCCAGCAGCACACUGACAGGAAGUGAGCCGUAGAGCUGAGCCGGCGCUCACUUUCCGUCAGCUGCCCAUCGCUGUACUGCUUAAGGUUGACACCCAUGUGAUAUCAUCACUUAUAGCCACUAGGUGGCUGCAGGCCACCUGUUAAUGGUAAACGCCAAUGUGUGUAUUGGGCCCCCUUUUUCAGUUUGUUUUGAUGUCAAUCUGUACUUUCAUUUUUCUAUGUAUGAUUGACAGCCAUACAUCCCAACAGGUUCUUGUAUUUUGAAACAAGGUUGAUAAUCAUUUUAAUGGACCACAUGGUUUGUUUGGUUGUUUGUCAACAUUUCUUUUUGGCCAUUUCUUCUUUUUUUUGCUGUUGGUUUUUUUUCACUUAACAUUACCUAAUCUUUUGGAAAGUAAAACUGAGUUUUAUACUGUGUAUUUAUUAAGUUUUAUUCCAUUUCAUU